GUCAUCGAUGUUGGCGUCAAUGUUUCUCCGCCUUUAGCUUCGAAUAGUCGUUGCCGCUGGAACACGUGCUGACAGCAGAAACAAAUUCUUGAAUAGAAUUUAGUGAAAUAUUCGACAAAUCCAUUUUUUUUUUCUAUUUCCAUUUUCAUUUCGAACCGCUGCCAUGCCGCCGGAAAUCGAGAUCAUAUUGGGCACCUACGAGGAGGUCUUGCUGGGCUUCAAGCUCAUCGAAUCGCCGACUGACGACUUGACCAAUUCCGUCAAGUUCCAGCUGAAGCAGACAUUUGCGGACAACUCCCAUGCAGGAUCCAUUUCAUCGGUGGCCGUGCAGUGGCCUUGGGUGGCCACUGGCGGUUCCGACGACAGGAUCUUUGUCUACGACAUGCGCACGCGGAAACAGUCGCAAAUCAUACUCUCGCACGCUGGCACAGUGAACACACUGGAAUUCUCGCCGGACCUGUCGCACUUGCUCUCCGGGAGCGACGAUGGCCAUAUGGUCGCCACACGCGUGGGCAGCUGGACCAAAGAAGGCGUUUGGAAGAAGGCCCAUGCCGGCCGCGCCGUCACCCACAUCAGUUGUCAUCCCAGCAGCAAGUUGGCCUUAUCUUUGGGCUGCGACCAGGUGCUGAACACCUGGAAUCUGGUCAAGGGCCGCGUCGCCUACAAGACCAAUUUAAGGAACAAGACUCCGCAGGGUUUCCACCCGGGCUGCUUGUCGUGGUCCAAGCAGGGCGAUCACUUCACACUGAGCGGUCCAUUGACUCUGGAGAUCUGGGGCAUCGAGGGCGCCAAUGUUAUUCGUCGCAUUGAUAUGCCGGCGAAGCCCAUUUGCGUCACCUGGCUGGAUGGAAACGAGUGUCUGACUGGCCUGGACAACGGCAGCAUUAUCUGGAUUUCCCUUAAGGACAAGGAUGAUACACCACCCACCUUAAUUCCUGUACACAAUGAAAGGGUCAAGGCCAUCGCCUAUCUGAACGAAUUACUGGCCACCGUCUCCAGCGCUGGUGAAAUCAAAGUCUGGAAGAUCGACAUGGAAGCGCGCAAGCUGGAGGAGAUUGCCAGCACCAUCGUUGACUUCCGACCCACCGCCAUGGGCCUGCUGGAUCUCUGCCAGAUCGACAAUGACCAACCGGUGGAACAAGCCAUCAAAGUGGAGAAGAAACCAAUGGCGAAUGUGGAGACUGGCCAAAGAGCCAAGCCGGCGACACCACGCGGAUUCGUGACCAUCGAGUACGAGCAGGAUAAGGAGCUGGAUGCCGAGGAGAAGAAUGGGAAGGAGAAGAAUGGGAAGGAGAAGAAUGGGAAGGAGAUGAAUGGGAAGGAGAAGAAUGGGAAGGAUAAGAAUGGGAAUGAGAAGAAUGGGAAGGAGAAGAAGAACAAGAUACAGGCAAAGAAGGCGCAGCAGAAAGCCGAGGAAUCCUCCGAAGAAAACAUCUCAUCGGAAGACAAGGAGAGCGACGACUUCUCCGACAGCGACAGCGACUGCGAUGUCUCCAGUGAUCACGGCGACUGGGAGAGGAAGCCAACGAAGCGCAAGCAGCAACCUACUCCAGCCGCCAAGGGGAAGGCAAAGCAGCAGAAAAAGAAGUAAUCUUUAGUAGCUUACGUUAUGACUAUUGAGUUAAUCUAGAGAUAUAGCUAGAAAAAAAAGAACAUGGAUGAACUGUCGAUUAGACUGGGAUGAAUAGAUAUAUGAAUAAUAUAAAUAUGAAUAUGAACUUAAAAAGUUCGAUCUCAUUAACUGUACACUGUAGUGUAUUCGAAAAUAAACUCAAAAAACACUUGAA